AUGCAGCAGUCGCAACAGCAGCAGCAACAGCAGCGUCAGCGACAGCAAGAGCAGCAGCAACAGCAGCAUCAACAGCAUCAUCACCAACAGCAGCACCACGAGCAGCAGCAGCACCACGAGCAGCAGAAGCACCACAAGCAGCAACAGCAGCAGCAGCAGCAACAGCAUCACAAGCAGCAACAGCAGCAGCAGCAGCAACAGCAUCACAAGCAGCAACAGCAGCAGCAACAGCAGCAGCAGCAGCAGCAGGAGGUGUAUACUGACCUAUACUGUACGGAGAGUCUGAAUACGGGGGCAUUGAGGAGCAGCAAACGAACGAAGAGAGGAAUACAGAGUCCUGCAUCCGAUGCCCUUUGA